AUGGGAGACUAUGGACGCGGCGAGAUGGAUUAUUACGGUGACUACUCCGGCUACGCAACACAACCUCGCGCCUAUCCAUCGGCCCCACCGAUGAGAAGUAAUGGUCACGUCAGAAAUAGCCCCACCAAAAGCUACGAUAACGGCCAUUCGAAUUAUCUCUGCCUUUUCGCGACAGGACUCGCAAUUCGUGCUGUAUUUGUUGUUUUCAUUAUCGGGUCGCUGUAUUAUAUUAUUGUUCCGGAUCAUCUCGGGUCGCAACAGAAUUUCCUGGUCGCACUUGGAGCGUUUGAGUGUUUGACGAUGAUCUCGAUUCUGAUGAUGUAUUGCGCACUCAACCGCCAUAAUCCGUAUCUCUGCGUGCCUUACGUGGUCAUGAGGACUGUCGAAUUCUUUCUUUGGGGGGUCAUCAUCUACGCAUUAUUCCUGGCCGUCCGGAAUCCUACCGGGGAAUAUUUUGAGGCCGUCUACAAAUAUGUACGUCUCGCUGCUGAAUAUUUACAUCUGACCAACACUACACUUAACCUACGUGACUUAACUCUGACACUGUGCUGGUGCGCUGGCUUCUUCUCAUUGGCCGCGUUGGGUGUAGCAGCCGAGGCGAUGCGUCACGCAUGGGUAAUCACAGCCAAAGUGACUGAUGCCCGGCGACGCUACUGUCGCAGCGCGGAUAGCGACACCCGACGAAUCAUGAUUGCCUCCGAUGAGUUCAACUAUGCA